CCCUCCCGGCAGUUAUGGCGGCGCUCGGGGGCGGCGCGCAGAUCCCCGAUGGCGAGUUCACGGCGGUCGUGUACAGGCUGGUCCGCGACGCCCGCUACGCCGAGGCCGUGCAGCUGCUGAGCGGGGAGCUCCAGCGGAGCCCCAAGAGCCGCGCCGGCCUCUCGCUGCUCGGCUACUGCUACUACCGCCUGCAGGAGUUCGCGCUGGCGGCCGACUGCUAUGAGCAGCUGGGCCAGCUGCACCCCGAGCUGGAGCAGUACCGCCUGUACCAGGCCCAGGCGCUCUACAAGGCCUGCCUCUACCCGGAGGCCACCCGGGUCGCCUUCCUCUUGGACAGCCCUGCCUAUCACAGCCGGGUCCUGCGCCUGCAAGCUGCCAUCAAGUACAGCGAGGGCGACCUGCCUGGGGCCAGAAGUCUGGUGGAACAGCUGCUGAGUGGGGACGGGGGAGACGACAGUGCUGGGGAGACUCAGACUGAUGGCCAGGUGAACCUGGGCUGCCUGCUCUACAAAGAGGGACAGUAUGAGGCUGCGUGUUCCAAGUUCUCUGCGGCCCUGCAAGCCUCAGGCUACCAGCCUGACCUUUCUUACAACCUAGCUUUGGCCCAUUACAACAACCGGCACUAUGCCCCAGCUCUGAAGCAUAUUGCAGACAUUAUUGAGCGUGGCAUUCGCCAGCACCCAGAGCUGGGUGUAGGCAUGACCACAGAAGGCAUUGAUGUUCGCAGUGUGGGCAACACCGUAGUCCUUCACCAGACUGCUCUGGUGGAAGCCUUCAACCUCAAGGCAGCCAUAGAAUAUCAACUGAGAAACCACGAGGCUGCUCAGGAAGCCCUCACUGACAUGCCACCUAGAGCAGAGGAAGAGUUAGAUCCUGUGACUCUACACAACCAGGCACUAAUGAACAUGGAUGCCAAGCCAACGGAAGGGUUUGAAAAACUCCAGUUUUUGCUCCAGCAGAACCCCUUCCCUCCAGAGACCUUUGGCAACCUGUUAUUACUCUACUGUAAGUAUGAGUAUUUUGACCUAGCAGCAGAUGUCCUGGCAGAGAACGCCCACUUGACUUAUAAGUUCCUCACACCCUAUCUCUAUGACUUCUUGGAUGCCAUGAUCACUUGCCAGACAGCUCCUGAAGAGGCUUUCGUGAAGCUGGAUGGGCUAGCAGGGAUGCUGACUGAACAGCUGCGGAAACUCACUAUACUAGUACAGGAAGCAAGACACAACAGAGAUGAAGAAGCUGUCAAAAAAUCAGUGAAUGAAUAUGAUGACACUCUGGAGAAGUAUAUCCCUGUGUUGAUGGCCCAGGCAAAAAUCUACUGGAACCUUGAAAAUUACACAAUGGUGGAAAAGAUCUUCCGUAAAUCUGUGGAAUUCUGUAGUGACCACGACGUGUGGAAGCUGAACGUGGCACAUGUUCUGUUCAUGCAGGAGAACAAAUACAAAGAAGCCAUCGGUUUUUACGAACCCAUAGUCAAGAAGCAUUACGACAACAUUCUGAAUGUCAGUGCUAUUGUACUGGCAAAUCUCUGCGUUUCAUAUAUUAUGACAAGUCAAAAUGAAGAGGCUGAGGAGCUGAUGAGGAAGAUUGAAAAGGAAGAAGAGCAGCUCUCCUAUGACGACCCAGAUAAAAAAAUCUACCACCUCUGCAUUGUGAAUUUGGUGAUAGGCACACUCUAUUGUGCCAAAGGGAAUUAUGACUUUGGCAUUUCUCGAGUUAUCAAAAGCUUAGAACCGUAUGGUAAAAAACUGGGAACUGACACCUGGUAUUAUGCCAAAAGAUGCUUCCUGUCCCUAUUAGAAAACAUGUCAAAACACACAAUCAUGCUGCGUGACAAUGUUAUUCAAGAAUGUGUGCAGUUUCUUGAGCAUUGUGAAGUUCAUGGUAGGAAUAUACCUGCCGUUAUCGAGCAACCCCUGGAAGAAGAAAGAAUGCACUCUGGGAAGAAUACAGUCACCUAUGAAUCCAGACAGCUGAAAGCCUUGGUUUAUGAGAUAAUAGGAUGGAAUAUGUAGUAGUGUCUAAUAGUGAUUUUUAUAAUGACUUUGUGCUUUGUUUUAUCUUUAUCCUUUUGCCUAUUUAUAUUUGUUACAUAUUGAACUUUAAUAUUAUAAUAAAAAUAAGUAGGCUUAUGUUUUGGAAAUCAGCACAAAAUUCCUAACUUUGACACAUAAAAAGACUUCAUCAAAAAAUUUAAAACUGAAUGGGGACAUUAUGGGUCCUAGAACUUUAAGUGCCUAUACUCUCUCUCUUCAUUGUACUCUGAAGGCUCCUAACCCAAAUAUUCAAGAGAUUUGACACUAUGAACAAUAGUACUUGCUAGUUACUGUAUAAAAUUUAUAGUUUUAAUAAUUUCAGGGUUUUUUUUUUCUGUUUCACAUUAACCUCAGAUGUUUAAUUUGUAAUUAAUACAUGCAUUUUAUAUAUACAUUAGAUUGUCUUGGUAGGGUUUUUCAAUAAAAUUUAAUAUUUUAUUUAAUC